AUGAGUCUGCACAUACUAGCAGCUCAGGCUUGUGCUUUGGCAAUCUAUCGACUCUUUUUCCAUCCCCUUUCUAGGUACCCCGGACCCCGCCUAGCUACCGUGACAGACUGGUACGUGGUAUAUUAUGCCUGGCGAGGCGACUUGCAUAAACAAAUCCAACAAUGGCAUGGCAAAUAUGGCGAAAUCGUCCGCUAUGGACCUGCGACGCUCAGCUUCAACUCGGCCACGGCUAUGGCCGACAUCUACGGGGUACGGGCCAAUGUUCGCAAAACCGACGGGUACGCUGCUCUGGGCCUCAGCCGUCGCAACCCGAACAUAGUUACAGCGGUUGAUAAGGGGGUACAUGGCUUCAAGCGACGGAUCAUGGCCCAGGUUUUCUCGGAACAAAACAUGAGGCAAAUUGAGGGGCGCCUGCUCGACAAUAUCUCAGACUUUGUUUCGGUGCUGGGCUCGGAGGCAGAUGCCGCCCGAGGCUGGGGCCCGCCCAAGGAUGUCGCGCACGCGUGCACCUGGUUGACCUUUGAUAUCAUUGCGGAUCUUUGCUAUGGCGAGGACCUCAACCUGCUGCAGUCGGAAGACAUGCGAUGGUUUCCCUCAGUCUUCCGCAAUAUCGCCCAGCGUGCCAUGAUGAGCCUCAUCCAACCCGAAUUCGUCCAACUCAAGCUCGACCACUUCCUCCUCGCCUCCCAAUACAAAAACAUCCUCCGCGCAGGCAGCUGGAUCCGCGAACGCGGCGAGGCCCGCGCCAAACUGGGCAACAAGGUCGUCAAAACGGACAUCUUCAGCGCGAUGAUGAAUGCCACGGACCCCAAGACGGGACGCCGUUUCACGCAGAAAGAUCUCUGGGUUGAAUCUAUGCUCUUGCUUGUAGCAGGCUCAGAUACAACCUCCAAUGCCCUCAGCGCCACAAUCCACUACCUCCUCCAACAUCCCAGCCGCCUCGCGCGCGCAACCACAGAAAUCCGCACAAGUUUCCCCACGGAAGACGAGAUCCGCUUCGACUCUGCCUCCCCGGCCACCUGCCCGUAUCUCGACGCCUGCAUCAACGAAGCCAUGCGACUGGCCCCCUCCGUCCCCAACGCCCCGCCCCGCGCCGUCUGCGCCGGCGGCAUCUCCAUCGAUGGGGAAUUCAUCCCCGCCGGCACCAUCGUCGGCACCCCAAUCUAUACCCUCCACCGCAACGCGGCGUACUUUGACUGCCCGAAUGAAUUCCGUCCGGAGCGAUGGCUGGAAUCUUCCUCCACGGGGGCGUCCAGCGUUGGGCAGGAAUAUCAGCAUCAGCAUCAACAACCACCUCAGCAGCAGCAAACAUCCUCCGCCGCAACCACCAUGAAACAAACCCAAGCGUUUCCCGCAUUCUGUCCGUUUAGUUUCGGGGCUCGAUCCUGUGUGGGAUGGCGUCUGGCGUACGCGGAGCUUCAUCUGGCGAUGGCGCGGUUGUUGUGGCGGUAUGAUGUGCGGUUGGCUUCGGGCACGACAAGCCCCGAUUACGAGAUGCUGGGCUGGGUGGUUGCUGCGGUGCAAGGGCCGGUGGCGCAGUUUCGGAGGAGGGAGGAUCUGCCAAUUCCGAUCGCUUAA